AACACAAAGUGAGUAAAGAAAGGGUAAGUUAACUGAGCAAUGUUAAAUGUACAAGCAUACCAAUAGACUUUCAAUCUUGUCAUCUUCAUCUUCCUCUUUACCAGAUCUAUGUUUUGAGUGUUCAAAAAACGAGAUAUUUACAUUCAUAGAUAUGUUUAUCAUCUUAUAAGAUUUUAUGAGUAUUCAAAUGUAUCCAAAUUAGUGUAAAAGCCAAAACAAUGUUAACCAUAUGUUUGAUUCUUAACCAAGUGACUUCCAAAAUUAAUGUAUGUUUGGUUAAACAAUGAAACAGUGACAAUCACACAAUUGUUUCAAUUGAUAUUGACCGUUAAACGCAACAAAAAAAUCAUUAUUCACAAGGUAAACCGAUUACCAGAUUUGGGUUUUUAUUGGUUUAAGUGAUCAUCCUUUACAAUUCUGUAUUGUCUUCAUGUGUAACAAUUAAAUGGAUUACUUCAAAUGUUUUUGUACAAGACAACUGCUAUUAUUAUUUGUACGAAAUUUCCUAGUCGUCUGUCUUCAAGGUCCUCAUGUUUGUUCAAAGACGAAGGAUAUCAAUCAACCUGUUAACAUAUCAAGUACCAUCCAGAUAGAUCAACAAUCUUACACUUGGUGUUUACAAUUUCCUCCAAUCUGUCUUCAAAAUAGGACUUCAUAUCAAAAGGUUGUCAAAACAAAAUGGGAAACCAAAAAGAUAACUAUUAAUGUUUGCUGUGAUGGAUUCAAGGAAAUUGAUGAUCAAUGUUAUCCUGUUGAAUCAAAUGAAUUUAUCCUUCCAUAUGAACCUGUUUCUUACGAUCGUGAUUAUUUACUCGAACAACGUAGAAGCCAUCGAUCAAAAAGAUCAGCACCAACAAAUGUGAUUAAGGAUAAUCUUGGAUCAAUGGAUAGUUUUUUUAACUCUAUUUGGAGUCAAUCACAUUCACAAUCAACAGAGAAUUAUAUUUUGAUAAAUUUUACUGCUUAUAAUCGCCUAUUUGAUCUAAAAUUAACUCUUGAUAAUACUCUAUUCUCGCCUGAAACAUUAUUUGAAUCAACGAGAAGAGGUAAAUUUCAUUAUGAUACUUCAAAUGCCUUAAUCGGAGCUCUCAGUGAUGUAAAUGAUUCUCAUGUGGAAGGAGUAAUCACCAAUGAUGGCCUCUUUGAUGGAUUCAUCCGUACAAAAGCAGAGGAAUUUUACAUUGAACCAGCUUCACGUUACUCGAAUCUCAAUUCCAGCCAAUUCCACACCAUUAUCUACCGAGUUCCGGAUGCAUUAUUAUUAACCUUUAACUCAUCCAAAUGUUUCAAUUCAACUUCAUCUCCAUCCUCGUCUUCAUUGCCUCUUCCAGGAAACUCUUGUUUACCUUCCGUUUUGAAAUCUAUUACUCUUGAUGUUGGUGAUAGUUCAAAUUACACAAAACUUGAAGAAAUAUCGAAUCAAACUAACUAUAAUCGUCUACGACGUGAUAUUGGAAAUUCUCACAGUUCCUCACCUUCAUCAGUGGACCAGUCAUCACCAUCUUCACUCCCAUCAUCUUCAUCUCCAUCUAAUUUAAAGCUCAAACAAACAUAUUGGCGUGAUUUUGAUUCCCUCAAUUAUGAAGGUGAUACAGAAGCCUACGGAAUACGUGCUGUUCAAAGAGCUCAUUGGCCUGAGGAAAGACCUGAAAGACAUUUUGUUAUUGAUCCUAAAAAGACAACUUGUAUGCUAUAUCUACAAGCCGAUCAUUUAUUUUAUGAAAAAUUGGGAAGUGAAGAAGCCUGUAUUGAAACAAUGACCCGUCAUGUACAAAAAGUUAACAAUAUUUAUCGAUCAACAGAUUUUAAUCAGGAUGGCAAAUCAGAUAAUAUUUCCUUUCUUAUAAAAAGAAUAAAAGUUCACACUACUGAAGCCCUUAAAGAUCCAGUUUAUCGUUAUAAAGGAACAUAUGGAGUUGAAAAAUAUCUGGAACUUUUCUCCGAAGAAGAUUAUGAUGCUUUUUGUUUAGCUUACAUGUUUACAUAUAGAGAUUUUGAAGGUGGAACCUUGGGUCUUGCUUGGACUGGUGAUCUUAAAAAUGCUGGUGGAGUUUGUGAAAAAAAUGGACAUUAUCGAGGAAGCCUGAAAAGUCUUAAUACUGGAAUAGUUACACUUCUCAAUUAUGGCAAACAUGUUCCACCCAUAGUAAGUCAUGUAACAUUAGCUCAUGAAAUUGGACACAACUUUGGAUCACCGCAUGAUCCUGAAAAUGAAGGAAGUUGUACUCCUGGAGGAGAAGAUGGCAAUUAUAUCAUGUUUGCUCGAGCAACUUCUGGAGACAAACGCAACAACAAUCAUUUCUCUCCUUGUAGUCUGAAAAGUAUCAAUGCUGUUCUUAAUACUAAAGCAAGAAGUUCAAAAGGCUGUUUUCAAGAACCCCAAGAAUCUAUCUGUGGUAAUGAGGUUGUUGAACCAGGGGAGGAAUGUGAUUGUGGCUGGGCUGAAGAUUGUACAGAAAGCUGUUGUUUCCCAAUGCAAUCAAAUCCACCCAAAAACGAGAUUCCAUGUCGCCUUAGACCAAAUGUUAUUUGCAGUCCAAGUCAGGGUCCAUGUUGUGCCCAUGAUUGUCGCCUUACAGUUGGUAACAAAUGCCGUGAUGAUAAUGGUUGCCGGACAGCAAGCUAUUGCAAUGGUCAAGGUCCAAGUUGUCCGCCAUCAACGUUUGUCCCUAACAAAACAGUCUGUAACCAAGAAUCAGUUUGUUUUAUGGGGGAAUGCACUGGAUCGAUAUGUAUUGCUUAUGGAUUAGAAUCAUGCCAAUGUAAACGAAAAUUUGAUGAACCCGACACUAAACUGUGUGAAUUGUGCUGUCGAUUUCCUGGAGAUGAUGCUACCUGCAAAUCAUCAUUCGAAUGGAACACUGCCCCUCUGGAUGUGCCUGACCUUUACUCUAAACCUGGUACACCUUGUAAUAAUUAUAAUGGAUACUGUGAUAUCUUUCAACAAUGUCGUGAAGUUGACCCAUCAGGACCUUUAGCAACAUUGCGACGUUUCUUACUUUCCAACGAGUCUAUGGCUUCCCUCAAGCGUUGGUUAAACGAACAAUGGAUUUGUGUUAUUAUUUUAUGCAUAAUGGCUUUGCUAAUUGUUUUUCUUUUGGUCAAGGUAUUCGAGAAACGUAAUUAUGAAUUACCGAAAAGUGAAUUAUUCGAAGCAAAUUGUCUAGAUAUAUCAUCAUCUGCUUCAUCCGCUGUUUCGGUUUUUGCUCGACAUCGACAUAAUUCAUCUUCAUCUUCUGCAUCGUCUUCCAGACCAGCAAUGGUUCGUAAUCAUGGUAACCUUGUCAGAACCAGUUUAGCCUUUGGACACCAACUGAGUUACCAUCAAAAUGAUCACAAUGAGUUUCACUGUCAUCCUCUUGGUUUAACUGGAAAUGGCUGGGUUUAAUGAAAUUACAUUAUCAAAAUCAAACAAGUAAUCAACUUAACACUUAAAGGAUACUAUAAAUAAGAUUAUUAUUAUUAAUAAUAUCUAUUGGCAGUUUGUGGAUACAAAGUGCCCACCCAACUGGUCCCCAUUUCACUCAGAUCUCAUUGCCAUAACCUUGUUAUUUAUUAUACAUAAACGAUACUCUUUUUCUGUCUCACGGUUAAUGUACAUUGAAAAUGUGUAUCCAGAAAAAAAUCAGUUGUUGAAUAAAUUGAAUAAUUUAUGCAUAA